CAUUAGACAUUUAAUUUUAACUGUUUCAGGAGCGCCGAGUCGUACUCGAUCUACGUGGAGGGCAUGCCGUGGCUGGCGAUCCCGUGGCAGCAAAUAUCGAUACGGGCAGAACUCGCCCAACUCUACGGAAUUCGAGGCAUUCCGACCCUCCUCCUGCUGGACAGAAACGGCCACCUGAUCACGAUGGACGCGCGAACCGAGCUGGCCGAAGAUCCCGUCGCGCAGAACUUUCCAUGGAAACCGCGCGCGGUCAACAUCCUCACCGAGCGGUUCGCGACGAAGCUUCACGAUUACCCCGCGAUCAUCCUGUUCGUUGAAGCGGAAGAGACCGAGGUGCAGUUCGGCGAAUCCGUACUGACGCCGGCGGCCGACGCCUACUACAAACGUUACAACAUCAACUUCAACGCGCCGCAGGAGGAAUUCGUCAGCACGUCCGGCGACGACCACUAUCUGCAGUUCUUAGUCGGCGUGGACACGGAGACGAGUGACAUUUUAAGGGAUCUUAUCGGUUUAGACGACGUUGUGCCGUUAUUGGUGGCGGUGGACAUUCCGAACCAUAGAUUCGCCAUUAUGGAUUACGGUGUCGAGAUUACGGCGGAUAGUGUAAUUAAGUUCGUCGAUCGGUUCGAGAAGGCCGACUUACAGUUUCGUAACAUCAGCCAGCGGGUUUUGGAAUCCGACAAUAUUGUUAAUCACGUCUAGAGUAAUUAUAAUUCUUAUGUACAGAGUGUGUCAUAAGUCAUUCCAUCUCCAAUGGUUGCAGUGGCUUUAGAACUUUAUGUAGGUAGUAGUGAACGUCGUGUUGUAACCAACCCUGCAUUAUUAAGUGCCGAAGUUUGUUUAUGUAGACAAGGAAUAUUAAAUUUUAAUCAAAA